GUCAUCUACUGUAGGGACCUGUAGCACUAAAGUAGAUUUCUAUUAUAUCAACUUGUCAUCAGUGAAAUCAAAAUAAACCAAGAAGUCAUUACAAUUUGUAAAUAAAUAAAUGUAACAUGCACAGCUGAUUAUAAAUUUUUUCAGGUUUCAAAACAUAAAAUGAGUAAAAAUCUGAAAUCACCAACAAAACUCACAGAGUUUGCUCCAUUACAAGCAGAGGAAAACAAGCCACAAAGUGUAAGUCAGUUUUUGAGUAGUUUUUUCAAAAAGUCCAAAAGCACUCCCCAAGAAGAAACUCCAGAGGCUACUGAGAAUGUCAGUCAGGAAUCGUUACCAACAUGGGCCCUAGACUCAUCAAGUGAAGCCUCCUAUAGUGGUAAUGGCCAUGAAUUUACAACUGUAUAUCCAGUAGAUGUUACCGAAGGCAGAAGCUUACCAAAUGUUUUGAAAAGAAUUAGUAAUCUUGUGGCAUUGAAAAGCUCUCAUCUUCAGGAUUAUGGUGAGACAGACCUCAAACAGUAUUGGAUGCCAGAUUCUGUUAGCAAAGAGUGCUAUGAUUGCUCUGAAAAAUUCACUACAUUCCGCAGGAGACACCACUGUCGCGUAUGUGGACAAAUAUUCUGCUCACAAUGUUGCAAUCAGCAAAUAACUGGGAAAAUAUUUGGAUGUACUGGUGAUUUAAGGGUAUGUAAUUAUUGUUGUAAAGUGGUUGCAUCCUAUUUAAAGUCACCAGAUGUUAAUGCAGAUCUCUCCACUGAUUUAAAAGAUCUAUUGGAGAACCUUGAAUCAAAAUUUAAAUUAUCAAAUACAAGUUUACAUGAGGAUUGUGAUUCACAAUGUUUGAAUACAAACCAAUCUGAAGGAAGUCUUGCAAAGAGGAAAAUUUCAGUUGGAUAUCAAGAAGAAAGGUUUGCUGUUGGAAGCUCUAGUGUGAUAUACCUGACAUCAGAAGAAAAAUUCAGAGCUUUACAAAACUCCGUCUCUCUGCGUAACCUCUUUGAAGAGCUGUGCAAACCAACAGUUGGCCUCCAGUUUGAAACUCACAGAGUCCGUCUGAAAACAUACAGUGAAUGUGUGUUAGGAUCCGACAUUGUGGAUUGGUUGAUCUUCCAACAAAAAGCUAAGAACCGAGUGCAAGCUUCAGCAAUUUGUCAAGCUCUUUUAGAAGGCGGUUACAUAGAGUCUUUGUCUGAGCCGCAAGCUUUCAUAGAUGGAAAUGUAAUCUACAGGAAAGGUGUAGUUUUGUCGCCUGAGAUACCUAAAUUAUCCGCUUUGGAGCCUCCAUAUCAAGAGGAACCUAGCUGGGUGCAACAGAUACCACAAGAGAGUAGCACUACAGAUUCUGAUAAUGAACAGUUGUCUCCAAUAAACAUAUCUCAAGGAAACAUUACAUCUUCAUCUUCAUAUAUGUUGGACUUGAACUUGGAAGCUAGUACCGUUUAUUUGUCGCGACCUCCAGAUAUUGGGUUCAAAUCUCCAGAUGCUAUAGAAGUGAAACAUAAAGAACAGGAAGAAACUGCUAUUAUUAGACCUUCAGAAAGGUUAGAAGCAGCACCUGCAUCAGGGUGGUUCAAAGCAUCAAAUCUAAGAGAAGAAAAUGAUGAAAAAUUGGCAUAUGAGUUGCUUACUGAUGCAUAUGAUCAACACGAGCAGUGCUUGCUAAAACAGCUUCUCUCCUCCAGAGGACUAUCUUUAUCUUGGGUUGACAUAAUCACGCCUUUGAUACAUGAUAUAAUUGCUGUGAUUAGCCCUGAUGCUAAUCAUGAUGCAGUUGACCUAGACAUAAGAAACUAUGUGAAGCUUAAAAUCCUCUCUGGACGUCAUAAAACAGAUACGACAUUGGUAAAAGGAAUAGUUUGUAGCAAAAAUGUUGCUCACAAACGUAUGGCAACUGAUAUUGAAAACCCAAAGAUAUUACUUCUUCAGUGUUCCAUUGUAUACCAAAGAACUGAAGGCAGAUUGAUGUCUCUUGAACCAGUAUUAAUGCAGGAACAUGAAUACCUGCGUCAUGUUUCGGCCAGGAUCGUGGCUCUACGACCAGAUGUCGUUUUGGUGCAACGAAACGUUUCUAGAUUGGCUCAGGAUUUUCUCAGGGAGCACCAGAUCGUAUUAGUACACAAUGUGAAGAGGUCUGUGCUAGAGAGGUUGGCUAGGUGUACUAACGCUGAUUUGGUCACUGCUGUGGAUGCCCAUAUUGGAAGGCCAAAGUUAGGCACUUGCAAGAGGUUCCAUGUUGAGAACUUUAACAUUGACAGAGGUGGCAUGAAAACUUUGAUGUUCUUCGAGGGUUUGCCAUCUUCCCAUCUAGGAGCUACAGUGCUUCUUAGGGGAGGUUCUAGAGCUGAACUAGCCCAAGUCAAGCAGGUAUGUUCCCUGCUACUCUUUGCAGCAUACAAUUGGCGCCUGGAGAAAUCGUUUCUCAUGGACGAGUUUGCUAUGCCUCCAAAUCCAAGUUGCGAAUUCCUAGAUGACAGUAGCAAAGAAAAUUCUCCAGGAUUCAUGGACUCAAAACGAGACAGAGAUACCUACGCUCAGGAUGGAGACAAGAAGGAGGAUAAGGUUCAAAUCAGAAGGAGUCACAAAGAGGACAAAAUUGAUCAGAGUGAAAGUAAAAAAAUCACUGCAGAAAAAGUAGAAGACUUUACCGACCCCUUGCAUUCCUACAAAUCUGAUGAAGACCCAAACCUAAGAAAGAAAAGUUUUGUGGAUCUGAAAGUUGCUGAGUUACCAUUCGCUAACCACUUUCGGAAAGCUCUGGAUGAUUCGAUUCUGUGCCUGUCGCCCUAUAUUGUUUUUCCGGUUCCGUAUUUGGAACUGGACGCCGGAAAGAAGUGCAAACUUAGAGAGUUUUUCCCCAAGGAUAUCUACUUCUAUGAACAGUCGAGCUUCAGCAAAAAAAAUAAGUGGAAAGAGGCGGAGAACUUUAAGGAAAGUGAGGAGAACAAGAAGAAUUUGAAACCAUUACAUCCGUUCCUUACUACUAAUAUAACUUGUGUGGACAACGUUCAAACCGAAAAUUUAUUGGCGCAUUUUAGAGCUUGUGGAGGAAGAUAUGAAAAGAGAGAAAACAUCUGUAAGCCGGAGAAAAAAGCGGAAGACCAGUCUAAUGCUGCGGAGGAAUCUAAAGAUGCUUUAGAUCCAAAAAAUCAUCAGAGGCUAGCUGUGUUGUUUUGCAGUUUUAGCUAUGAAUCGAAUAACAGCCCUGCAUUUUGUGUAAAUCCAUGGGUAGUUUAUAUGGAUUUUUAUGGAAGAAAUGAUAUUCCACUUGGAUGCUUCUUGGAGCGUUAUUGCUUCCGUCCUACGUAUUAUUGCCCAUCAGAGACCUGUGGUACUCCUAUGGAAAGCCAUAUAAGGAGAUUUGUCCACAAUACGGGCUGUGUAAGUGUCUACCUUAACCACUACGACAGCGAAUUCAGCAGCGAGGAGCACAUUGUAACAUGGACAUGGUGCACCAAGUGCCAGUGCGUCAGUCCAGUGGCGCCGCUGUCAGCAGACAGCUGGUCGUACUCGUUCGCUAAGUACUUGGAGCUCAAGUACUACGGGGAUAUGUUCGGGCGUCGAGGACCGGCCGCAUGUUCGCAUAGCCUGCAUCAUGAUCAUUAUCAAUAUUUCGGGUACAAGAACUAUGUAGCUUCCUUCAAGUAUUCUGCGAUUAAUAUCUGGGAUAUCUCACUUCCCCCAACGUUGAUCCUGAUCUACUACACUACUUCCAAACUCCACACUCAGUUAAUUGAUGAGAUCAGAGUGAUGUCUCAGAAGGGGCACGAGAUAUUUGCCUUCAUCCAUGACAAGCUCGCGGGUCUGUCAGAAGAAUCAGAUUCGAACACCGUGUUCAGGCAGACAUUGACCAAUGAGCAGGUUCAGUUCAAGCAAAAAGUGGAAAAAGUACAAAUUAAGUUAACCUCUCCAACUAUUGAAAAUAAGGAGUUCGAUGAAAAAGAAGUGCGUUACGCUUAUUGCCAAGUAUUAGACGACGUCAUAAGACUGAAAAGAUCAAUUGUUGAAACUAUAGAAACUUGGAACGCCAGGCUAAAUGAUCUAACAAACAAAAAGAAGGAUAGUGAUAAGAAGAAGGAAAAAAACACUUCUACUGAAAUUGAAAAGUCUGUGGAGGAUACACAAGAGUCGCAAGAGCCUACUAAUAUACAAAUCGAGAAGGAAACACCAAAUACAUUGCCAAAAAAAAUUAAAAGCUUAGAUAGUGAUAGUAAGUGUGAUAUAGUUGCCUCAGUAGAAGAAGGGAUUGAACAAUCAUUCAAGCGCAAGAUGAACAGAGUAAGUCAGUUCUAUAUGACUAUUUUUUGUAGGCGAUUCUGUGCCGCCAUCUCCAAAGAGUCAUCAUAGAUCACAGUCUGAUGGGACCGUCAUAUCACAGGUUGAAGAAUCUACAGAUAGUAAGAAAGAAGAAAAAAAAUAUAAGAAUAUUUUGUCCCAUUUGUUGCCAUCUUCAGUGAAUUCCACAUUGAUACCGUCUCCGUUCAGCAGUCAAGAACAUUAUCUGCUACCAGAAUUCUCUGUUCCUAUAGUAGUUUACGAAAAUGAACCAAGCUCUAUAGUAGCAUAUACACUUAGCUCAAGCGACUAUAAGAAAUCUUUUGAGGAGCUCGUGACGAAGAAGAAUCAGAACAAUGAUCAAACGCAAAGUCCUUUAAGUAAAAGGAAGGGGCAGAGUGAUAAGGAUAGAAAUGAAGAUGAUAAGAGUUUGAGUAUCUUGGGUUUUUUGAGAAAAGAAAAGGACACAAAGACUGAACCUAAUGUUCAAACUACAAAUAAUACCGAAACUAUCACCGAGCAAACUACGGCUACGACAGAAAAGUCCGAGCAUCCAAAGAAAAAUCGUAACACCCACAUUGAGGUGCAGUUCGAGGACUCAAACUGCAACUUUUUCUGUAGAGUAUACAUGGCGGAAAAGUUCGCCGCUCUUAGAUCGAACUUUCUGCCCAUAGGAGAGGAGGAAUACAUAAGAUCUUUGUCACGAUCUGCACAGUGGAAUGCUAGAGGAGGAAAAUCUGGAUCAAAUUUUGCUAAAACAGCAGACGACCGCUUCAUAUUGAAAGACAUGUCUAAGAAUGAAGUUCAGCUAUUUUUGGAAAAUGCUGCCAAUUAUUUCGUCUACAUGAACAAAUGUUUCACGACUAGACAACCAACAUUAUUGGGAAAAAUAGUGGGGAUUUACCAAAUUGUUUUCAAAAACAAUAAUAAUGUGCCUCAUAGAAGUAACCUAUUAGUAAUGGAAAAUCUGUUCUAUAACAGGACAGUGAAACAGAAGUUUGAUCUUAAAGGAUCCGUUAGAAAUAGGUUGGUCGUACCUGAUAAUCAGGAGGGAGAAAUUGUGCUUUUGGAUGAAAAUUUGUUGAAGUUAACGUGUGACUCGCCUUUAUACAUCUUACCACAUUCCAAGUCUGUAUUGAUGUCUGCCAUACAAAACGAUACAGAGUUUUUGGCAACUCAAACUGUAAUGGAUUACUCUUUGCUGGUUGGCCUAGAUGAGCAAAAUAAGGAGCUUGUGCUUGGAAUCAUAGAUUAUAUAAGAACGUUCACGUGGGACAAAAAGAUAGAGACGAUUGUGAAAAAGAGUGGUUUACUGGGUGGACAAGGUAAACUGCCAACAAUAAUAUCACCUGAUGAUUACCAGAAAAGGUUCAUCGAAGCCAUGCACAGGUAUUUCUUGGAGGUCCCAGAUCACUGGGCUGGCUUAGGAAAAGGCCUGGAUCUGUAAAAUCCAAGACUUUACAUUGUAGGUCGUACAUUUUUUAAUAUGCUUUGAGAUUACUUUAUCAAAGUAUGGAAGAUGUGUUGAAAUGGGCUUUACCUUAUACUAGUGAAUAUUGUAUAUAUUUUUAGUUGCUCAUUAAGAUGACGAAUUUUGCACUAUAGUAUUUCUACCUUCGUCAUGUAAACGAGAUAUUUAGCGCGAAAUGUAUUUUACUGGUCGCCCAUGAUAUAAUCUCAUAUACUUUUUGAGUAACGCUUGACGUAGUCUUCAUAAAAAAUUCGCUCUGCCUGUGAGCCAAAAUAAACUCGUGUACAUAUAAGUAUAUAGUGCAUUUUCGUUUCUGUGUGCAAACGCUUAGUGGUGAUAUCAUUUUGAUUCCAAAUGAAAAAGUAUUUAUAUG